AGUCUUCCUUCCCGCAUCUUAUCAUCCACCAAAGCCACUCCCACCUUCUCCCGAAUAAUCUCAUUCCUAACUCUGUCCCCUUUAGUAAGCCCACACAUCCAACGCAACAUUCUCAUUUCCGUCACCUUCAAUUUUUAGAUGUGAAUGUGCUUAACUGGCCAACACUCCGCUCCAUACAACAUGGUUGGACGAACUGCCACUCUAAGAAUUUGCCUUUAAGCUUAAGGGGCACUUUUUUAUCGCACAACACUCCCGAGGCACAAAAGACAAAUAAAGUAAUGUUCAAAUAGUUGGAAGUACCAAAUUUCUGAAGAAAUAUAUAUGUAUAUAUAUAUAUAUAUUAUAUAUAAUAUAUAUAUAUACAUAUAUAUUUAGAAUCUUGAAUAGAUGUGAUGAUUUAGACAGAUUUUCACUGCUGCAAUAAUGGUGGACUAUUUUCAGCCAGUCCCUUGAGGGUAAUCAUUGCCGAACGCAGCCGGGUAUUAAAUUGAAAGUCUCCAUUUGGAAUGAUAUGGACAGGUCUAAGGAGGAAAUAAUGGCAAAUGAUGUAGCUGCAAAUGCACUACCUAAAACAAGGGAGUGCGCUAUUUCUGUUGGACCAUCAAUAGGGAAGAGUACAUCUACCAGUCAUAAGUUGCCAAAGGGAUCAACUUCUGCCAGUUCAGGGAUGUUGGACAGUGAUGAUAUGAACAGAAACGUAACGUCCAUGAAGGGGCCUCAGUCCCACGAUGCUCCAAUAAUCAAGAAACCAAUCAGAAACCACAAAUUCAGUGGCAACGUUUCUAUCAAUCGGGGGCUGGCUCUAGAAGUGUGAAGGGGGAUGGGGAUCCUUCAUCCACGGACAAGGCUGUUCAGCAAUUAAGUUCCAAGGAGUUGCCAGGAAUAAAUUUGCUAGCACUGAAAAUGCUGAAGCAUGCAUCGGAUAAAGAUAUCAAAGAUGGCUCUAGUGGGAUGUCUUCCCAAUCAACAGAAGACCAGAAUUUAAUCAUCCCAAACAAUAGAUUACUUCUGGGAAAUAGUCAAUCAAAACUUUUAUCUACAUCUAGGUUUUCUCAAUUUUUUGCUAACCGAUCUCUUAAAGGCAAA